AUGUCCACUCAACUCGACGCCGCCUCUAUCGCCCGUGCCUCCCUACAUGAUCCCAAUAACUUCAGCCUCCAGUACUCCCAAACCUUGCACCGCCUAAUUCUCCUGGAGCACUGGAACAUCCCCACUGACUCGAAGGUGCUGGAACUAGGAUGCGGGCAGGGGGACUGCACGACUGUCCUUGCCCAUGCUGUAGGUGAGCAGGGGAAAGUAGUCGCGGUCGAUCCGGCGGAAUUGGAAUAUGGUGAGUCAUCUAGCAUUUCUGACCCUGUCUAUUGUUCGUUGCACAGCACGCAAAGCAGCCAGCUGAUGGUUCCGGCAGGUGCCCCGUAUACUCUCGGCCAAGCACAAGGUCACAUCUCGCAAGGCCCGCUAGGAGGACGGAUUACUUGGGCCUUUGACGCAACAGUGCUCGCCCACAGCCUAUGGUACUUCGCCUCUCCCUCGCUCAUCCUGUCCACCUUCCGUGCCAUCAAGCAGCAUAGCAAGCGUCUCCUCCUUGCUGAGUGGUCGUUGGUAGCAACACACCCCUCCUCCCAGCCUCACGUAUUGGCUGCGCUCACCCAGGCAGCGCUGGAGUGCCGUAAACCCAAUAACAGCGUCUCAAACAUCCGCACGGUGCUGGGGCCAAAGCGGCUUACCGAGAUAGCUCUGGCUGCUGGAUGGCAGCUGGAGAGUGAGACCCUCGUGCAAGGUGGGGAGGGGUUGUUGGACGGACAAUGGGAAGUCUCUGCUUGUCUUUCUUCUUCUUUUGAAAGGGAAGUAGAGGAGAGUAUUAGUGAUGAGAGGGAGCGCGCGGUAGUUCUUGCGUCACGGGAUGCGUGUGAGGCGAGCUUGGAGGGUAUACAGGGGGGUCGGAAAGGAGUUAGGGCUAUGGAUGUUUGGGUUGCUACUUUCGUCUGA